UUCUUCUACCGGUUUCAAGUAGAUCAGAUUCGUGCGGAAGGCAUCCGAUUUCAGAUUUUCUUCACCAGUCAGUCCCUUCGGCUCAAGCAACCACACUCAUUCUGAUUGAAAGAGCAAAGAUAUUGUACAAAGAGAUGGAACGAGGGAACUUCACAUUAGAGCAUUCUUGGAAUCUUUUGAGGCACCAACCCAAAUGGCAUCAACACAUGAGUACGCUGAUUACGAGGAGAAAGCCUGUUGAUAGACAGCCUUCCAAUGAGCAGUCAAGUGAAGUUCUGGGCGAUGUUGUGGAGGAAAUCGUUGAAAGGCCUGCUGGAAAAAAGGCUGAAAAGGAAAGCUUGAAGAAGCGGAAGGCACAAGAACAAUCUGAUGCUGAGUUCAACACGGCAUUAGGAGCAAUGACCGAGGAUAGACGAUUGUUCAUGGCGGAGAGAAGAGAAUGGCAGACGAAGGCUGAUCGCGAUAGAGGUGCACAACUGGAUCUUGAUAAAAGAAAGUUUGAUGCUGAGAUGAUGGGCAAGGAUCUUUCUGGUAUGAAUGCCAUGCAGCAAGCCUACUUCCGUAAAGUUCAGAAAAAAAUUUGGGAAGAGUCAAUGAGUGAUGAAGAUGGUAUAUCCGAAUGACUUUCUGAUUUCCAGCUUGUAGUGGCUGCUUAGCCACAAGACUUCAACAUGAAGCAUGUGGCUGGGCAGCCACUAUGAUAAUGGAUGACUUUCUAUUUUUUUGAAUGGAAAUACAUUGGAAUUUCUGAAUGUUAGUUUAGUUUUUGGACUUGGUUUUGUGGAUAGAAAA